GGACCCAAACUUAAUUGGGUACCAAAAUCUUCCUCCUCCUAAUACAGGAAGCCGCUAAGUACCCAGGUGUCUGGUACUUAGACAGUGGCUGUUCAAGACACAUGACGGGUGAUGCGAGCCUUUUGAGCAAUCUAAUUCCCUAUGAUGGUCCAAGAGUUACUUUUGGAGGAAGCAAUGAUUUUGGUCUUACCAAAGGGCUAGGAAAUCUGGUGUACAAGGGACUAACCAUCCAAGCUGUUUCUUAUGUAGAAGGUCUCAAUUAUAACCUUCUUAGCAUAAGUCAGUUUUGUGAUAAAGGUUAUUCCUUGGAAUUCUGCAAGGACAUGGCAUCUCUCAAGAACAUCUCCACAAAUGAAGUCAUUCUCACUGGGAAGAGAAUCAGAAACAUCUAUGAAAUAAUGUGGGAUAAUGUCAAGGAAGCAUGUCUAAUCAGCAAAGACAAGGAUGAAGAAGCCAAUGAAGGAGAUAGAAUGAAGCCCACGGAAUUCAUUCCAUUCAGAAGUCUGCCUCUGAAGACUUCACAGAGGAAUCCGGAUUUAGACAGUGUUGAGCCCUCCGGAAAUCUAGGCCAGCCUUCCAAUAUUCCGGAUAUCUCAAACUGCGACAAUUCCGGAAAUGGCGACCCAGUGCCAAUCCAUCCGGAAACACCAACAACCUCUGUCCUUCAACCAGAAGCUGAACUAGAUCAACCAGUCAAUCCUAAUCAACACAAUCUUCGUUGGUUAAGGGAUCAUCCUCCUCAACAGAUCAUUGGAGAUAUUCAAUCUGUCAACCCUGAUGAUUAUAGGAAGAUAUCAAGAUGCAAAUCCGCCAAUGAGAUGUGGACUAAACUGGAAGUCACUUAUGAAGGUUCACUUGAGAAAAUGAAUCUUGAAGAAGGUGAAUCUAGUAAGACAAAAUCUGAAAAACAAAGAGAUGUUGAAGAAAAAGUUGAGGACAAAAAGGAAGAGCAUAUUGCAAAUGAGUUACCACCCGAAUGGAGAACUUCAAGAUAUCAUCCUUUAGACGACGUGAUUGGUGAAAUCUCCAAAGGGGAUAUGAAACCUGAGACACCAUUUUGGAGGAUCAAACGGGAAACUGUGAUGCGGGCUAUGCAUGAUACAAAUGACGAGAAUCGUGCGAGUUCUGGACCAUCCGAAUGCCGAUUUGCCUCGUCUAAUGGAAAAGUGACCCUGCCCAUGCUCUUCGAGUCCUUACAAGAUAUUCGCCGUCAACAAGCAAUUCAUGGGUAUAAUUUAAACAAGUUGUUAGUAAAACAUGGUGAGCAAUGGGAGUCUCCAUCUCUGGAUAUGCUACAACCAUAUAUGGGUCAUGGUUCUUCCUCCUCUACUUCGCAUGGUGCUGGAAAUGAUGAUGAUGAUGAUGAUGAUGACGAUGAUGAUGAUGCCGAUGACGAUGGUGAUGAUGAUGCUGGUGAUGAGACUUCUCUUGUUGAUGCUGCCAUGGAUGCGGAAUGAGUGGAUGGGGCACUCAUAUUUUGUUCUAAACUAUUUAUCUAACUCUUUACUCUUUUGUUUUUGUUUAAUUCGACUUUACUAUCCCC